GCAUCUUUUUUUAACCAACUGACAUUUCAGAUCCAUCAGUGCCAAUCAGUGUUGGGUCUUAACUACAGGAUCUGGAGUGCUCGGCGAUACUGGAACUUCAACUUGGCUAUUAACAUGUUGUCAAUGUUGCUGAUCGACAUUACGGAGUUUAUGUAGGGUGAGACCUCAGCAUCAGCAGUCAGAGUAUAAUUCAAAACUGGGAUCGGGAUGUUCAGGCAUUUUCCAUUUACACUAAAACAACCUGACAACAUGUUUUCUGACGCUGUGUGUUGAUGCUGAUACCUUGACACUUAAGAUGAAGAAGUUCACAAGCUGUAUUUCUAAACCAAGGGAGGUAACUGAUGAACAGGACAAGAAGAGUAAACUCUGCACCACUUCAGUGGUUCCGAAGUCCAAAGGGCUGGUGCAGGGAGUUAAACCUAAGAAUACGAAGAGCCCAAUAAAUGAACUGCUAGCAAAAAGAAAACUGACAAGCCUCAGAAAUAAAGUGUCAACAGAGAGAAAACCAACAAGCCUAACAAAUGAACUACCGGCAGAGAGAAAACCGACCAGCCAGCCAAAUAAACUAUCAACAGAGAGAAAACCAACAAAUCAAACAAAUGAACUAUCAGCAAUGAGAAAAACAAAGAGCCUUACAAAUGAACUAUCAGCAGAGAGAACACUGACAAGCCUAACAAAUGAACUAUCAGCAGGGCAGAAACUGACAUUUGUUUGUAUAUCAGACACUCAUUGUAAACUGAACAAAGAUGAUAUUGGACGUAUACCACAUGGUGAUGUUUUGUUACACACAGGUGAUUUUACUAUGGAUGGAACUGAAAGAGAACUCAUUGAAUUUAAUAACUUUCUAGGAGCAUUAUCCCAUACAUACAAAGUUGUGAUAGCUGGCAAUCACGAGUUUUGUUUAGAAGAUGAUGGAUCUUGGGAUCGUAGGUACAUGAGACAACACUACAGAGAAAAAUAUGGUGUAGAAAAUAUACGUGACCUGCUGACUAACUGCAUUUAUCUUGAGGAUGAACUGACUGAAAUCUGUGGAAUAAAAAUAUAUGGUUCUCCAUGGACGCCAAUGUACAGCUGUUGCGAUGCAUUUUCACUGUCAGACAGGGAGGCACUUCAACAAAAAUGGGACAAGAUACCAACUAAUGUGGACAUAUUGAUGACUCAUGGACCACCAAGGGGUUUCGGUGAUACAACAACAAAAGGUGCUUCAGCAGGAUGUAGUAACUUGUUGAAAACAGUUCAGAAUCGUGUAAAGCCUAAAUACCAUGUGUUUGGACAUAUACAUGAAGGAUAUGGUAUUUAUAAAGAUGGAAAAACAACUUUCAUAAAUGCUUCAAUCUGCACUCGUGGAUAUAAACCAACAAAUCGACCAGUCAAGUUCCGAUUAUACGUUCCAAAUUCAUCUGUCUGUGAUAUUGAUACUGCAAAUUGCAGUACAAAAAUGGGUUGUGAAUCUUCUAGAAAAGGCUGUGAUAAUAGUGGCUGUGAUACGUUGGAAUUUGUUAAAUGUGACAACGGCUGUGAUACGUUGGAAUUUGUUAAACAUAACAAUGGCUGUGAUACGUCGGAAUUUGUUAAACCUGACAAUGGCUGUGAUACGUCGGAAUUUGUUAAAUGUGACAAUGGCUGUGAUAGUGAAUUAACCAAAACAAAUGCAAGAUCAUUUCCAGGUAACACAAAACCAGAGCAAUUCAAAGAAAAGUUGAGAGACUGUGCUUCCAAUUGGAACUGGGCUGAAAAUGAUGGAACAGAAUUAAAUUACACAAAAUUAACAUAUUGUGAAAUGCAUACUGGUAUAUGAAAUGAAUAUAAUGUAAAAUAAUUUAAUUUUGUUGGCCUUAAAUUUGAUAGUUUCAGUCAGUAUCCUAAUUCAUAGUGGUGGCCUAAAUUACUGAAUUUCCAAGUUUUAAGAAAACUUUGUAUGCAAAUAUUCUUCCUUCCCCGGAUUUAUUUUCUUGAAUUAACACAACCUCAAAAUCCCCAGACACAAUUCCCCAUGGAAAUCAAUGAUUUUACAGUAUUAAUUCAGAGGAAAAUUUAAUACAAACAGCUUUUGUUUCUUUUUACAGUAUGGACACUGUUUCCAAGCUUUCCUUGAAUAAAGGUAGAUUUUCAGUAAUUGUGAUAAACCCAGAGCAAAUUCCAUCAUGAGUUUCAGGGGAAAAUUUUCUGUUUUGGCCCUUUCAGCCAUAUAGAGGUUUCAUUAUAUGCUUUGAUUUGAUACAAACUUGCACAGAAUGGUUAUCUUGAUGAUCUAUAGGCCUGAAUUGAAACUGGUUAUGUCGGGUCAAAAACUAAGUCAUCAGGUCAAAUCAAAGGAAAAGCUUGUAAACACCCUAGAGGCCACAUUUAUGACCCUAUCUUCAUGAAACUUGGUCAGAAUGUUUAUCUUAAUGGUUCCUAUGUCAAGUUCAAAAUUGGGUCAUAUGGUCCAAAAACCAGGUCACCCUUUCUUCAUGAAACUUGGUCAGAAUGUUUAUCUUGAUGUUUUGUAGACCGAAUUGGAAAUUGAGUCAUGUGGGGUAUAAAACUAUGUCACCCGCUCAAAUCAAAGCAAAAGCUUGUUAACACUCGAGGCCACAUUUAUGACCCUUUCUUCAUGAAACUUUGUCAGAAUGUUUAUCUUGAUUCCUAUGCCAAAUUUGAAACUAAGAUCAAGUGGAGUUAAAAACUAGGUCAUCACUCAAAUCAAAGGAAUAGCUUGUUAACACUGUAGAGGCCACAUUUAUGACCUUAUCUCAUCAAACUUCAGUCAGAAUGUUUAUCUUGAUGAUAAAGUUUAACAGGUGAGCAAUAUAGGGUCAUCAUGACCCUCUUGUUUAACAUAAAAUUAAAGCAUUAAGGGACUUUAAAUCUGCUUUAGUAUAGCACACUAUAUUUCCUACACAUCCAACCAUGAACCUGCAUCAAUCAAGCAUCUGCUAUUUUGCCAUCGAGGUUGCCAGUAGAAGGCAGUUAUAUUGCAAGCCUUAUAUUAUUAGAAGUUAUUAGCAACAAAAUCAUUGAAAUAAACUACACAGAAAAAAAGUAUUUAUGCAGCUUAGAUUUAUGUGAUAUGUGAUAUUGGUUUUCCUAACGAUGCAAGACAUAUUGAUUAAACAGUUUUAUGCUGUUAGUUAUUCCAGAUAGCAUUAUUUUCGCAAUCAUUCUCUUAUCUUCAGAUAUGUUUGGUUCACUGUAUGUAUUAUGAGAUUAUUUUCUUUAUGAAUUUUCAUUUUAGUUAAGGUGUUUCAAUUUUUCCAACACUUGCUUUUUGUACCCUCUGUGUUUAAGACCUGGAUGGAAUAUAGUAUUUGAACUGUCCAUCCUGUCAGUCUUUACUUUGAACAUUAAAUUUGGUUAAAGUUUUGUGUGCAAUUAAGUAUGGAGCUGUAUCUCAGUAUGAGCCUUAUGAGUUGGAUUGAAACUUUACACAAUGCUUCCCAGUUAUCAAACCUACUGAAAUAAAUAUGUUAGAUAACUCUUGGUUGAAUUUGAUUCAAAUUAUGGCCUUUUCUACAAACAGAAAAUUCAUUUAAAUCUUGCGUGCAACCAGCUUGUCAAACUGUAUUCCAUAACAAAAUUAUGUAAUUUACAACUAUUAGAAUUAUACAUCACAAAAUGCUUCCCAUUUAUCAGACCUACUGAAAUUACAAAGUUGGAUAUCACUUUUUGUUGAAUUGAUUCCAAUCAUGGCCUUUUUUCUUAGAACUUAAAAAAAUGGUUAAACUUUUACAUGAAACUUACUUUGAAGCUUUAUCUUGAUGUGUUUUGGAUUGAAACUUAACACAGUUAGGCUUCCCAAUCAUCAGGCUUACUGAAAUAGCCAAGUUCUAUAAUUCUUGGUUGAAUUUAAUUUAAGUUCUGGCCCUUUUUUGACAUAGAAGUUUGGUUGAAGUUUCGGAUGCAAGUUGUUACCAUUGCCAUAAUAAAAUUUGAAUUUACAUUUAAAAUUACAUAAAUCUUGCCAAGUUAUGGCCCUUAUUCAGCUUAGAAGCUGUGGAAUAAGACAGCUUUCUGUCUUAUGGACAACACUUGUUUCAUUAUUUGUCUGAUGGUCCUUUUAAGGUGACAGUACACUUUUAGUACAGUUUAGUUUUGUGUAAUCUGAAUAAAUAUUGAUAUUGGUGUUAACCUUUUAUGAUAAACUAUUUGUUACUGUGAGGCUUUGUUUUAUGCAAACUUUUUUUUAUAUUGCAUUGUCACAGUUUUUUAUAUCAGAUCACAUUUUAAGUAUCUUCCACAAAUAUGCUUUUAGGUAUGAUUUUUUUUAGCUGACCUGAACCAAGUGUUCAGGGUGGGCUAUUAGUAUAGGUGGAUGGUCCAGCUGUCAUUGGUCCAUUGUCAUCAUUUUGCACUUAAAUAUCUGUUUAUAUAUCAAAUUUGUUUAAAUGGAGGCACUUGUGGGCCCCUUUAUGGGGCCAGUGGAGCUAAAAAUAGGAAAACCGUUAAACAACUUUUUUCAUGAACCACAGGACGAAGCUUCAUCAAACCUUCUUUGUAGCAUAAUGGUAAGGUCCUAUCUCAAUUUAUUUGAAUUGGGGCACUUUGUCCCGUUAAGGGGCUGCUAAAGCUUAAAAUAGAAAUACCUUCUCAUGAACUGCUUGAUGGAUGUUCAUCAGACUUGGUCUGUAACAACGUUGUUAGGUCCUUUCUCAAAUUUGUUCAAAUUGGGGCAUGUGACCUGUUUUAUGGUGUUGUAUGCUUAAUACAGAUAUUACCAUUAUUGAUUCUUUGUGUCAUGAUUUUUUGUUCAAGGUCAAAUAUUCAAGGUCAGGUGAGCAACUUAGGGCCACUAUGACCCUCUCAUUUGCUAAGACUUAAUUUCUACAUUUUACAUCACAGUUUUACUUAUGUCGUAAGAUAUUAUUUGAUAAAUAUCUAUUUUUGAAACAUUUUUACUUGGCUAUGUUGAAAUUAUGUAAUGUGCUUUGGAGUUACAUGUUUAAGUAACAGAUAUAUUAAUUGUUUUUAGCUCACCUGUCACAAAGUGACAAGGUGAGCUUUUGUGGUCGCGUGGCGUCCGUCGUGCGUGCGUGCGUCCGUCCGUCCGUAAACUUUUGCUUGUGACCACUCUAGAGGUCACACUUUUCAUGGGAUCUUUAUGAAAGUUGGUCAGAAUGUUCAUCUUGAUGAUAUCUAUGUCAAGUUCGAAACUGGAUCAUGUGCAACCAAAACUAGGUCAGUAGGUCUAAAAAUAGAAAAACCUUGUGACCUCUCUAGAGGCCAUAUUUUUCAAUGGAUCUUCAUGAAAUUUAGUCAGAAUGUUCACCUUGAUGAUAUCUAGGUCAGGUUCGAAACUGGGUUACGUGCCGACAAAAACUAGGUCAGUAUGUCAAAUAAUAGAAAAACCUUGUGACCUCUCUAGAGGCCAUAUUUUUCAUGGGAUCUAUAUGAAGUUUGGUCUGAAUGUUCAUCUUGAUGAUAUCUAGGUCAGGGUUGAAACUGGGUCAACUGUGGUCAAAAACUAGGUCAGUAGGUCUAAAAAUAGAAAAACCUUGUGACCUCUCUAGAGGCCAUACUUUUGAAUGGACCUUCAUGAAAAUUAGUCAGAAUGUUCACCUUGAUAAUAUCUAGGUCAAGUUCGAAACUGGGUCACAUGCCGACAAAAACUAGGUCAAUAGGUCAAAUAAUAGAAAAACCUUGUGACCUUCUAGAGGCCAUAUUUUGCAUGGGAUCUGUAUGAAAUUUGGUCUGAAUGUUCACCUUGAUGAUAUGUAGGUAAAGUUCGAAACUGGGUCAACUGCGGUCAAAAACUAGGUCAGUAGGUCUAAAAAUAGAAAAACCUUGUGACCUCUCUAGAGGCCAUACUUUUGAAUGGAUCUUCAUGAAAAUUGGUCAGAAUGUUCACCUUGAUAAUAUCUAGGUCAAGUUCGAAACUGGUCACGUGCCGACAAAAACUAGGUCAGUAUGUCAAAUAAUAAAAAAACCUUGUGACCUCUUUAGAGGCCAUAUUUUUCAUGGGAUUUGUAUGAAAGUUGGUCUGAAUGUUCAUCUUGAUGAUAUCUAGAUCAAAUUCGAAGCUGGAUCAACUGCGGUCAAAAACUAGGUCAGUAGGUCUAAAAAUAGAAAAACCUUUUGACCUCGCUAGAGGCCAUACUUUUGAAUGGAUCUUCAUGAAAAUUGGUCAGAAUGUUCAUCUCGAUUAUAUCUAGGUCAAGUUCGAAACUGGGUCACGUUCCUUCAAAAACUAGGUCAUUAGGUCAAAUAAUAGAAAAACCUUGUGACCUCUCUAGAGGCCAUAUUUUUCAAUGGAUCUUCAUGAAAAUUGGUCAGAAAUUUUAUCUUGAUGAUAUCUAGGUCAAGUUCAAAACUAGGUCACAUGAGCUCAAAAACUAGGUCACUAUGUCAAAUAAUAGAAAAAACGAUGUCAUACCAGUUCAAAACUGGGUCAUUUGGGGACAGGUGAGUGAUUCAGGACCAUCAUGGUCCUCUUGUUGUGAUAUGAUAUACUCCUAUAUUUAUAUUUUGGCAUUCUUGAGUUGUUAAUGCUUGGCUUUUCUGGUGACAGUUUGAAUAUCUUGAAGUCAUAUAUCAAAUGAAAUUGCCAAUUGUCAUUAUGGGCCCACUGCUUUAAAUUAAAACAUACCAUUAAAGUGUGGCCAAAUUAUU